CUGAAGAAUGCCUCGUCACACAGGAAGUUGUCACGUCGGCUCGCCUGUCUGCCUUUCUGCCUUUCUGCAGCGGAAGUAGGGAGCCCUGCAGACCGGAGUCAGAGUUCAGAGGAACGUGCGUGUGAGCGCGUAACGUUUCCAGGCUCGCGCUGUGUCCCCGAGACGGCGUCAUGUGGAAGCUUCGCGCGGAGUCCAGAGCAGACGUCAUCCGCCUGCUCCCCGGUCAGGACUACGUAGUGGGUCGCAAGAACUGUGACGUCCUUUUGUCCAACGACCAGUCGAUUAGUCGCGUGCACGCGCACCUAACGGUCACCGAGCAGGCGGUCACGGUGAAGGACACCUCCAAGUAUGGCACGUUUGUCAACGACGAGCAGCUGGCGACGGGAUCUACCAGGACGCUGCGUUUUGGAGACAGACUCACGUUUGGCGUCUUCCAGAGCAAGUUUAGGCUGGAGCUGGACUCUGUGGUCGUCUGUUCAUCAUGUGUGGUCGCGGAAGGGAAGGCGUCCCUCUCUCAGGCUGUGCAGGCUGUCGGGGGUCGCCUGGUGAGCACCUGGACGCAGGACUGCACACAUCUCGCCAUGCCUGUCCUGAAGGUCACCAUUAAGACCAUCUGCGCUCUCCUGUCCUGCCGACCCAUCGUGACACCGGAGUUCUUCACCGAGCUCUCCCGUGCCGUUCAGCGGAGGGAUGCGCUUCCGACUCUGGAGAGUUUCAGGCCAGAGAUGGGCGAGCCCAGUUUGACCAAGAAACCCGUGGACCUCCACCCACACAUGGAGAGAAAGACCCUGUUCAGGGACAAAACAUUUGUCUUCCUCAGCACCAAGCAGAUGAAACGUUUAAGUCCGACCAUCAGCUGUGGAGGUGGGAAAUGGGAACGUUUGGAGGAGGGGUCCGUUCCUCUGUCCCUUCUGGAAUCUCCGAGGACUUGUGUCAUCAGUGUGGAAACGGGAUCUUCCCAAGCGCUGCUAACUCUGCCCACCAAGAAGUGGGUGGAGUCUGUGGGCCAGGUCUUACACAGAAGUGGUUUACGCUUCAUCGCUGAAUCUGAGAUUGGAUUGGCAGCCAUCUAUUUUAACAGUCAGACUUACUGCAAUCCCUGUAUCUCUUUGGAUUCUGAAUCUGUUCGAGCUCCACUGAUCCCUGGAGCAUCGAUGUCCCAGAAUGCCACAGUGGAUGAGACUACGCUUCCUGCAGUCUCCCAGAACAUCACAGCCUAUGUAGCCAACACAGAAAUGUCACAGGGCGUCGGCGGGAAGGUCAGAGGGCAUCGGGGGGUAGACGCGGGCGGGGCCGCCGUCAUCGGAGAGACCCCAGAGAGACGGCCCAGACAGGCGUGUGCACUGGGCUCGCCCACCAUCCCAGAAUCCGUGAAUCCACAGCUGUGUUCCAGCGGGAAGGCGGACGCAGGUAUCCCUGGGGGUCGGAGCGCGGGCACCGCACCACGGUCGGCCCCCACCCAGCCAGACAGCGCGACACUUAAAAGAUCCCCCCAGAAACAAUCAUCCCUCACAAGCUACUUCCAGGCUGUCAAUAAAAAAAGGGUGCGUGAGACCGAUACUGACUCCCCAUUGUCCGAGGCCAAGCUCUCCCGCCGAGACAGCGAGGAAGAGGAGGACAGGAAGAUGAAGAGCUCUAACUCUGCUGCGUCUGUGAGCCUGGAUCCCGUCAGUAGGUGUGCGGACCAGAGCCAGCGCGGCAACCCCCAGCGUCCCGAGUUCAGCGCCAGUGUGGGUUUGGGUUCCGGGCUCGGAGAAAACUGCGGGAACGGGGGUUAUCUGAGCCGGAUCUCCGGAGCGAAGAAGAGGAAGGAACCGGAGCUGGGCAAACCGUCUGGCCCAGAGGUGUCUGCAGAUGUGUCCCAUUUGGACGUGUCUCUCGACGAGCUUGAGUCCAUCAUGUCUGUGGACAUGGACGAACCCUUGCAGUCUGCGGCCAAUAAGAAACAGCGUGUGGAUCAGGGUGAGAACGUCGGUGCGCCCAGCAACCAGUGCAGGGCGGAGAAACAGCAAAGCAUGGCCAAUAAGGGCCGGGGCUUGGAGAACAAAGGGCUAAGCGUAACCAAUAGCAGUCAAGACUCUGAAGAGAAGCCACUGGGCUCAGCCAAUAAAAGGCCAGAUUUGGGGCGGGAAGAGUGUAGUUCUGCACACAGGGCUGAGAGACCAGAGUCAGAGGAUGUUAAAGAAGAGGACGUGUCUCUCGUUGUGGCUCCAGAUAGCUUUGUCAGAACCAGAAAAGUGGAAGCAAUCAAGCAAGACCCCACGACCACCAGCUCGGCGACUGGCCCCAAGAACGACCCCGAGCUUCCCACCAAGGUCAUGCAGAUUCAGUUUAAGGUCCUGACAUUGAGUGCCCCCUGCAGACCAAGACCCUACCCGUUACACAGCUGCGGUCCCAACGACAAGAACUUCAAGCGUUUCCGCAAGUUGCCCGUGCCCGGCCUCCACGGAUUACCCAGCAUCAUCGGUGGCUCCGACCUGGUGGCUCACAACCGCAGCAAGAAUGCUGAACUGGAGGAGUGGCUGAGAGAUGCAGCGAAGGAGGAGAAGCAGCAGGAAUAUGAGGAGGCUCUGGGGCUCGACUUGUUCAGGUACAAUCCAAAGCCGACUAAAAGAAGAUGAGGUAAUCGUUCUGGAAACUUCAGUGAUCGGCAUACUCAACAUCAAUUUUUAAAAUAUUUUGCAAGUUCUCAACCAAAAACAUUUAGAGCAGUUGAAACCGAACCCAACCCCACCAAACCCAAAAUAAAUUCUGGAUCAUCAGAGAAAUUGUGUGCAAUGUUGCCAAUAAGUGAGGCCUUAACUAUGUUGUGUGUUCUUGUUAAGAUACGAGCUUGGCAAAAGUUUACAUUUCACACAUCUUUACAGAGUUCCCACUCCCUCUGCUCACAUGGUUCAUCUGUUUUGACUGUUGUAAGUUGUCACUUUUCAAAUGCACCAGUGUUAGGAAAUUCACACCCAAGAGAUGAUGUGGAGGAAACAUCUGAUAAGUUCCAUGAACUGGGUUUGUUUUGUCAGCUUUUCCAAAUAUAAUGUUUUUCGGCUGGAAACUAAAGUUCAGGCUUGAAACACUCUAAUUGAACACUAUA